UCUUGCAAAACAGCAAACAAAUGUAUUAAUUAAUUUACUUGUAUUUAGAAAAUUAAUGUCAGUGAGACAGUCUCAUUUACAAGAGAGACCUGUAACAACAACAACAACAACAACAACACCAGCAGAACCUGUAAUAAUCUAUUCCUAUGACUGACAUAAGACUCAAAAAUGUCAGACUGAUGGUACUGAAGACACAGGACAAGUAUUACAAAAAGGUAAGUGUUUUUAUUUACAGGAGCAGCAGUGCUCAUCUGUCUGAAAAAAGGAGAAGAGUCCAAGGUAAGUCCACAACGUCUUUGAGAAGUAGAUGAUGAAUACUGCGAUGCAAAAUAAACUUUACUUUUUCUUAUAGGUUCUUGUAGAUGAGGAGGCUUCAGGAGGAUUGUAAAUCCAAAGAGUUUCCAAUGGCGACCCCCAGCAGGGGGGACUUCGGGGUGGCGGUGGAACCCCAAAAUGAUAUCAAAAGACUACAAGACACAGAGUCCAGAAAGACUCAGGAUUGUUCUGAUCGGGAAAACAGGAAGUGGGAAGAGUUCAUCAGGAAACACUAUUCUGGGAAGAAAAGAGUUUGAAGCCAAAUUAACUCAAAAUUCGGUGACUAAAAAGUGUCAGAAAGCUCAGACUGAAAUAAACGGUCGUUCUGUUGUUGUUGUUGUUGUUGACACUCCUGGUUGGUUUGACAACUGUUUGUCUAACGAGGAGCUCAAAGAUUUGAUAAUGUGUAUCAGUCUGCUGGCUCCAGGACCACAUGUCUUCCUGUUGGUUUUACAGAUCAACAGAUUCACACCAGAGGAGAAAGAGACACUAAAACUACUGAAGGAAGUCAUUGGAAAGAAAGCUGAAAAGUUCAUUCUUUUCACAAGAGGAGAUGAACUGGAGCAUGAAGAAAAGUCAAUUGAAUAUUACAUUAAAGAGGAUUGUGAUGAUUCCUUGAAAAAACUGAUUUCUGACUGUGGACAGAGAUAUCACGUGUUUAAUAACACGAAUAACGAUCACAAACAAGUCAGUGAACUGAUCAGAAAAAUUGACACCAUGGUGAAAGAAAAUGGAGGCAGCUACUACAAUGAGUUCCUGCAAGAGGCUGAAGCUGCCAUACAGAAAGAAAUGAAGAGAAUCUUGAAAGAAACAGAAGAUGAGAAGAACAAACAGAAAGAGGAGCUGGAAAGAGAAAAAACUACCAAAGGAGGGAAAAAAAAGGAGAAUAUACAACAUAAUAAAUGUAAAAUAAAAUAAAGGGGCUGGUAUUCCUUAAAGUAAUUAAUCCUGUAUCUCCUGCUGCCUUUCAUGUUUUAAAGAAGCAAAACGUGUGGAGAGAAAUGUCAGAUUUGUUUUUACUUUGAAACUAAAGUUAUAAGAUGAGAACUCAAGACUGGGACUUGAGUCUCUUGAACAGCUUUUAUUUAAUGCAAUCAAAACUCAAAGUGAGUCGUCAACCACAGAUUACAGCUCAGACUAGAUGAAGAUGUUUUAGAGAAAUUCCUCUUUACCUUUCAAAUAAAAUGUUUAAUAUUUUUAAUAAAGUAAAAGACUGAAACCUAAA